AUGGCAAUUCGCCAGAUCGAUCAGGCGAUUCUGGCCGGUGCAUCAGUCACAGGCGUUCCUCCCGAUUUGCUUCGAGUGGCAGCGUGCUUGUUCUUAUCAUUCCCGUUAUGUGGGAUUCUUAAGCGAUUGCCCUCGAAGCAGCCAACUUUGAAAGAGCUGUACAUUCUGGCAUGUGCGGUGUUCUACCUGCUAGGUAUCUUUAGUUAUACUUCGGGCACUCUUCAUCUUUUGGCCGACGCCAUGUUCACAUAUGUGUUUGUGCGAACAAAGAGAUACUGGUCUUUCAUGCCCGUAGUAACAUUUCUGGUGUUACUGGCCCACAUGCUCUACACGCACUACCAUGAGCAAAUCUUAUUUGACGAGUCCUUCAGCGGCCAUUACGGCCACUCAGGCGCACAAAUGGUUCUAAUGAUCAAAUUGACGUCAUUUGCCUGGGAUGCAUUCGAUGGCACCCACAAAGAUGAAUCGACCCUAAGCGACUUCCAAAAGGAAAACCGGGUCAUUCAAAUGCCCCCUCUGUUGCGAUACUUGUCUUGGGCGUUCUUUUUCCCUGCAGUACUUACCGGUCCUGCCUGUGGUUAUAGAGAGUAUUCUCAAUGGCUUGAUAUGACGUUAUUCAAUGAUUAUUUUGCCAUGCAAGACAAGAAACAUGGCAAGACGGUCAAGCGGAGAAUCCCCCGAAGCGGCCAUGUUGCGCUCGUAAAGGCUCUUGAGGGCUCUCUGUGGGCGUAUAUUUUUAUGCAAUCUGGAAACUAUAUCAGUGGUGAUAUGUUGUUUGAGUCUAGAUACCGCAGCCUGUCGUUUUCUUGGCGUGUGCUGUUUUUAUGGGCUCUUAGUUUCUCGUACCGUAUGAGAUACUAUGCAGCAUGGUGCAUUUCAGAGGCCGCAUGUAUCCACUCUGGCCUCGGAUUUAACUACACUACCGAGGAGGGCCGUAUCCGCUGGGACCGGGUGCGGAAUGUGCGUCCAUUGAACAUUGAGACUGCGCAAAACAUCCACGGCAUUAUCAGCAAUUGGAAUAUGAACACGUCUAAAUGGCUUAGAUACUACGUGUUUUUGCGAGUAACACCCAAGGGCAAGAAGCCAGGCUCUCUGUCCACAUUGAUCACAUUUAUAGUAUCCUCGCUUUGGCACGGUAUCCUCCCCGGAUAUUAUCUCAUGUUUGUUCUUGGUGCUCUUAUGCAAAUGUUUGGCAAGAUCUACCGUCGCUAUCUUCGCCCCGUUGUGCUUGGAACCAGCUACAAGCGUGCUUAUGAUGUUCUCACUUGGGUGUGCACUCAAGCCGCCCUGGGCUAUGCGGUGCAGCCGUUUGUUGUGCUUGAGCUUUACCGUUCUUUGAAGGUUUGGGCAUCUGUUUACUUCUAUGUGCAUGUUUUCCUCCUUGCUAGUUGGUUCCUCUUCCUUGGCCCCGGCCGUAGAAUGCUGGUUCCUUAUCUUCGCACAUUACACGAGGAGCUCGCUUCCCAAGCAGAUUAA